GCACAAGGCGAGGGGUCAGCAGCUCCCAGAACCAUCACCCAGGGUCUGGCCUCUGAGCCACCCUACAGUCUGCUCCACCAGCUUUGUGUGUGUGCCCGUGUGCGUGCGAGUGUGUGUGUGUUGGGGAUACUCAAACAUACCAUAAGGGAGCAGAGAACAAACAGAAACUCUCAUGGUGCCUGCUUAUUCUCAGUGACUGAGACAGGCUUGGGGUUCAGACAGCCUGGAUUCAAACCUGUAUGUUCUGAGCAAGUUGCUUAACUACUUUGGACCUCGUUUUCCCCAACUGUGGGGAUAAUCAUGACUACCAUCCUAGAUGGGUGUGAAGAUUAAGUGAAAAAAAAUGUGGCUUGCAGUUUAGAACAGCAGUCAGCCAGGUUAAGAGCUCCUGAAAUACUAAGACGUGUGCAGAGACCAGCAUUUACUGGGCUUUAGACUCUGUUUUCUUUCUUUUGCAGUGCUGGAGUUUGAACUCAGGGCCUCACAUUUGCUAGGCAGGUGCUGUACCACUUGAACCACUCCACAGCCUAGAUUCUGUUUCUCUAUUCUGAUGCUCCUCUUGGUCCAUUCUAGCACUCAGCUCUGUCCCUCAAUAUCGACUCGAAGACCUGAUUUUGCCUUUCCUCCCUGUCCAUAUAUCAGUAUGGUGAACCUACUUUCUCCUUGACCUUCUCUCAUCUCCUAGCUUUUUCCCAAACUGUCUCCCCUUCCAGCAACACCCUCCCCAUGCCCUGCCAAGCUCUGGACACCUCAUCAUUUGGCUCCUUGGCCUGCCCUCUGCUGCCUUUGAAUUCUGACUCUCCUCAUAUAGACUCUUGUCUCCUGUCUCUGUUUCAGACCAGAACUCCUGGAGACCAGCACGGAGCUCCACCCUCAAGCAGCCUUGAAAUCCCAGUGUCCUGAGUGGCUACACCCUUCAGAAAGUCUUUCCUAAACUCUAGCUCUAGGUCCUCUUCAGGAGGCUCAGUCUAUUCUCAUGUGACAUUCUCAUGGACUUGCUCCAGGGUUGUCCAGGGGAAAACUUGAGUUCCUUCAGAGCAACAAGAUAGCAUAGUAAUUAAGCAUGAGGACUUGCUUUGGGUUUGAAUCUGGACUCUCUUGCUUACUGCUCUGUGACCUUGAGAAAAUUACUUAAUCUCUCUGUGCUUCAGUUUCCUCACCUGUAAUUCAGUUAUGUGAAUUAAAUGGUUAAUCUAGAAAAAGCACUUAAACCAUCUCCUGGCCAAGCUUGCAGCCAGCAGUAGUUAUUAUUAUAGAAUGCUACAACAUCAUCAAUGUCGUUUUACUACAGCAAGCCCACCAAUGAACUUGGCCUCUAGGAAAGGUGUUUUCAAGCCCCAUUUGCACAAACCCACCAAUAUUUAUGGGCCAUGCUAGUGACAUUUUCCCAGACUACCUGGUUGCCAGGUCAGACAGAGCAGGAACUUUUUCUUAUAAACAAUAGGAAUUAGUUUUCUUAAGGAGGCUAGGGUCCUGGGCAGGCUGAAGCCACCCUACUUGCCACUGGGCAGGCUGAAGCCAUCCUACUUGCCACUCCAUUCCAAUCAAAUGGGGGAGGUGGCCCCCACCUGUGUCCGGGCCCAGUUAAAGCCCGAGAGGUUAGACUACAGAAAGACAUCCAGCUUUGUGAAGAAUGGGCCACACUCCUCUGGGGGAGUGGGACCGAGCACUGUCUAGCCAGGGGAAGAAGCAGUCAUUGUCUAAGGCCAGGGGAGGGUCAAGAUGAGCUCUUGAGUCUGGAAUUUAGCAAACUGGGUUGUUCAAAACACAAUUUUCCAUUCCCCAGCAAGACUCAGUCUUCCGGGGAGUCUGAGGGGAAGGAGCAAGAAAGCUAUGGAUGCUGAGUGGAGUCAGCCGGGCAGGUGAUACCCCCUCAGGAGGAAGACCCUGGGCCCACAUCCGGGUCUUAUUACUCUGGCAACAUACAGGUGGAAAAAGUGUUCUGAGGAUGUUUUUCCAGAAGAAUAGAUGCCAAACUCCAAGGUGCCUUUCUCACAGGCUUUCCACACCAGCACUUGGGCAAAUGGAAGAGCAGAGAGGCAUUCCUACACACGAGUACACUCACGCACAUAGGCAUGCAUGCAUGGCCCAAGGUCUCACCCACAUCCACUCCACCAUGACACACAGGAUAGUGUCACUGAGGCCUGGAGGAACUCGAGACCAGUAAAAUCAUACAGGUGAAAAGCAGGCAGCAGAAUCACAACUUGUGGCUAAUUUGAAAAAUGACUGACGUUGAAGGCUGGAGAUGUAGCUCAGGGGUAGAGCACUUAUCUAGCAUGCUUGAGGCCCUGGGUUCUAUCCCUAGCACAGCAAAUAAUAAUGGAAAUAAUAAUAACGACAUUAAUAAUAAUAAUAAACAUGGCAUUGACCAAAGCAGAACCAUUGAAUUUUAUAGGAAACCCAAACCAACGAAGGUGCAUGGCAAAAUUGGUUACUGACUCCAAAUUGAUGGGAGAAGCAGAUUUUCCUGAAAUUAUUGGGGCUACAGAAUUGACCCAGGAAAGAUGGAAGUGGAGAAAAUACUGGUCACAGACAAAAUUCCCAAUGGCAAUGGAUGCAACUGAUCAAAUUUGAUCCAGUCCCCCCAUGCCAUUAAUAAAAUUCUCCUUGUGAAAUUUAUGUGGAAAUUCUCCUUGUGAAAUUUAUGUGGAAAGUCAUUGAUCUUUAUGAGAGGAGUCUAUAAAAUGAAAUAAGAAAUAAAAGUGAAGUCUUGUCAUGCCUUUGUGGUUUGGGUUUUUUGUUUGUUUUUCUGGUGCUAGAGAUGGAACCCAGUGCCUUACUUGUGCUAGGUGAGCACUCUACCACUAAGCUACAUCCACAGCCCCUGUAACUGCUUUGUAUAGAAAGUUAAUUGACUUACAUAGAUCGAGGGAUUUCAAUUUUGUGUACUCUGGAAAGUAUAUUCCCCAUAAAAAUUAUGUUAGUAUAAUUCUGAUAUUUAAAACAUAUACUUUAACCCAGAGGCCCAAAGGUUUAAAAUUGAAGGCUAAUUGCCCUGAAAUUGGCUCAGGCACACGUGUUCACAUGUGUGCACGUCCCAUGUGGGUCCACCUUUCUAGCCCACACAGCCACAGCCUUCCUUUGCAGGGCACCUGGCACUCUGAUGCCCGGUUUGGUAACUCCUGACUUCCCCUCCCAGGAGAGGAAACAAUAAGGCCACUGUGACCCCCACAGGAUUCUGGUGGCCUCACAAUGGCCCCCUGAGGUCACUGCAGGAUAACCUCACCACCCCCUGAAUCCACAGCACAAGUCUGCUGAGGCCAACCAUAGGGUGAUCAUCCUUGGUCCUCCCUCUGGCCACUCAGGGGAGGCGUGGGUCAGACCCCUACAAGGAAGCCUCUGAAGGAAACAGAAGCCAGGACGAAGCUCGCCCAACACCAAGAGUGACCAGUGGAGACUUCCAGCUGCCACCCUGGAGGUCCUGGCACCCAACUCCCUUCAGCUACCCCUGGGAGAGAUGCAGAAAGACACUUCACCGGUGCCCCCGUCUAUGCCCUUGGCCUCAAACACUGCCAUGGGUGGAAGUUGGGAGGCCAGCGCAUCAGGGGUCUCCAACAAGAGCGAGACUGGGCCUCGCACCUGCCCCAAAGCCUGUCCGAAGCCCAGCAUGUCGAAGGUGAUCCUGAGAACUGUGGCAGACAAGGGGGUGCACAGCCGUGUGUCCCUGGCUGUCAUAAAGAAGGCCCUGACCACCACAGGUUAUAACAUGGCCCGUAACACCCGGCGUUUCAAGCGUGUGCUCCAAAAGCUGGUGGAGAAGGGCUUGCUCAAGCAGGUGACUGGCAAGAGGGCCACGGGCUCCUUCCGCCUGGGCAAGAAGCAGCCCUCCAAGUCCAGACUCAAGGCCAAGAGACGGCAGCAGCAGCGACGGCGGCAGCAGCGACGGCAGCGUGGGCAGUGCCAGUCUGGACAGUGCCAGUCUAGACAGCGCAGGUCACUACUGGGCUCCAGACAGAGCCGCAAGUGACUUUUCAAGAGAGUCCACAGGGUGGUCAAACGCCGCCGCCAUUAAUAAGGCAGGCCAGGCGAAGAGGCAGGGGUGACAAGCCUGCCACCGGCUCAGUGUGGUGAGAAUAAAAGGAGCCCAACUUAUUGUACAUCUGCCUAGUAGAAUCUUUGGGGUUCAGGGUGUGGGAGAGAAAGAGAGUUAUGAAGGAGCAAGGAGAGAGGAGAGGUCAUGGGUAGGGGGAAGCUAGGACAAAUGAGAGUGAGAUGGAUUUGGGAAGGGAUGGUAGAAUUGAGCAGUUGGAGCUUCCCUGGCUCCCAGAGCCUGCCCAGAGCCAGGGCUCAGAGAACAAAGUGGUCCCCAUCAACCUAGAGGACUCUGGCUUGUAUCUCUGCUCAUAGAGGUGGGAGGGUCCAAUGUGACAGCCUAGGAAGUUCCCACCCAGCCCCCAGGUCUU